AUGAGGAUUUUCAACCUGCUCUACCUGCUCCUGCUGCUCGUAGCUCUUCUGGCAUCAGCCUCCUCAGUCAGACCAGAUUUCCUGCAUCUCAGACGAAAAUAUCACAGGCACCACUGUCCACACAGACGCUGCCUGCCGCUCCACUCCAGAGUACCCUUCCCUUGA